AUGUCAUCAAUAACUCCUACUUCAACACCAACGAAGAAAAGAACUAUAAGAGAUCUUACAAAUAUUUAUAGAGAUCCAUCACAACAAAUAUAUAAUCACCAUACACCUUUAACACCAACAAAAACUCCAACUAAGAAGCAAAAAAUAUUCACUAAGAGUGAUGACUUAUCAUGUAAAAAGAAAUUAAUAUUUACACCUACUACACCAACAAAGACACCUAUACAAUCACAAUCGAAACCAUUAUUAACUCCAUCUUCUUCAUCAAAAUCCUUAAGUACAUCAAUAUAUUCACAAACUAAGAAUUUAUUUCAAAGAGGAUAUGAUAACAUAAAUACAAAAUUAUAUAAUGAUGAAUCAAAUUUAAGUUUAAUAGGUAGAGAAAAAGAAGCUCAAUAUAUAAAUGAAUUUAUGUUAAAAAACAUUGAAUCCAAUUUAUCAAUUAAUUUAUAUAUUUCUGGACCACCAGGUACUGGUAAAACAGCUCAAAUAAAUUUAAGUUUAAAAAAAUAUGAAACUAACCACCAAAUAAAAAUUAUUAAAAUAAAUUGUAUGACAUUAAGAAGUCCUGAACUGAUAUUUCAUGAAAUUUAUUCACAAUUAGUAAAUAAAUUAUCAAUAUCAUUUACAAAAAGAAAAAAUUAUGAAGAUUUAAUAAAUGAAUUAAAUUAUCAAAAUUCAACAAAUUAUAAACAAAUAAUUUUAAUAUUAGAUGAAAUUGAUUUUUUAAUAUCAAAUGGAAAUUAUCAAGUGCUUUUAAAAUUAUUUCAAAUUUCAAAUUUAAAUGAUCAAAAUCAAACAAAAACCAAAAUUUUAUUAAUUGGUAUAUCAAAUACAUUAGAUUUAAAUAAUAAAUUUUUACCAAAAUUAUCAUUAAAUAAUAUAAAUUCUCAAAAUUUACAAUUUUUACCAUAUUCAUCACAACAAAUAAAAUCUAUAAUUUUUAAGAAGUUAUCAAUAUUAUCUGAAAAUAUUUUUCAUCCUGUAGCAUUACAAUUUUGUUGUCAAAAAGCAGCAUCAAUUUCAGGAGAUUUAAGAAAAGCAUUUGAUAUAUGUUAUAAAUCAAUUGAAUUAGUUGAAAAAGAAUUUAAAAUUAAUUCUAACAAUAAUAAUGAUAUACCUAAUUCAAAAGUUAUGAUAAAUCAUGUUGCCAAAAUAUGUAAUGAAUCAUUUAAUACAAAUAAUUCAAAUAAUAUAAUUUCAAAUAUAAAUUCAUUAAAUAUUUUACAACAAUCAAUAUUAUGUUAUUUAAUUAAUUUUAUAAAUUCAAAUACAAAUUCAAAUUCUUGUGGUUUACAAUUUAAACAAAAUGAUGACAAAAUAAGAGUACAAUCAUUUUUUGAAUAUUAUCAAAAACAACAUCAGAUACAUAAAAAUAAAAUUAUGAUUAAUUCAAUUAAAUUUAUUGAAUUUUUAGAAAUUUUAAAUACUUUAGAAUCUACAAAUUGUAUAAGAAUCAGCAAUAUAAAUUCAAAAAAUUCCAACAACAAUAAUAAUAAAAUAAUAAAAUUAAAUAUUGAGUAUGAUGAUAUAAUAAAAAGUUUAGGUAAUAAAGAAUUAUUUAAAGAUAUAUUAAUUAGAAAAAGAAAUUGA